CUUUUAAGCCUACUUCUAUCUGGGGUUGGAAAAUAAAUAAAAGCAAAACAAGUUUCUUGUUAAGUAUGAAUUACAGGGAGAAAGGAAAGUUCGGGGAAAACAGCAUCCUAAGGGCAGCUGCUGCUUUAUUUGCGCCCACAGUGGAGCCACUCCCAUGCCAGCUCAGCCAGCCCUUCUCAGAAGGCCCCUUAGAAAUUAGAUCCAUGUGGCCUGAUAUUCAGCCGUGUUCAGCAUAUGCAGUUCUCCCGAAAUGCGGGUGCUGAGUAAAAUCUAUUCUGAAGGCCCUGCUGCCCUCUUACUUGGAUGUAAUGGGCCAGGUUGCAACUUUAGUCGAAUCUCUGCGCGUUGGUAGGAUUAACAAAGAGUCUUACACUUUUCCUGGAAAGUUUUGUGCUUUAAUGGCCCCGUGCAUUUAUAGACAGUAUAUCUGUGAUUCAGAUCAGUACAAGUUUAUAAUCUGCUGCAGCUCCGUGUGUUAAGACAUCAGUAGCAGAUGAUGAGGGUGAAACAAAGAAAACCAGCCUCACUCACAUACCAUUGCAUUUUCAGUGAAACUUGCCUUUGGGGAAAGGAGGCAUUUAUGUUUUUCCUUUUGGAAAGAAAGAUCAAUAAUCUAGUUAUAGGAAGAAGAAACAAACACGCUGCUCAUUAGAUCCGAGUUUAUUGAGUCAAAUCCUUCAGUUCUGGCGGGUUUCAUCGGGGGCUCAGUGAGUUCAGGAGUUUAGCCCCUGUGAGCACUGUAAGAACAGGGCCCUGGUAUCAAGGUUCAGGAUUAGAGAGGGAAUAUCUGCAGUUUGCUCUCCCAAUUAGGAACAAUCUGAAUAUAUGGUGCCCCGGUGUCUUUUGUAGCCGAUUCAUUUGUGCUUUGUGCUCGCUGUAUGUUUUUCCACUGGCUUAUCUAAACGCAGAAAAUGCUUGAAACCUCAGUGAUAGGUUUUCUAAUAACGGUUUCUUAUACUUACAGUGAUUAAACCUCUGGGCGGUUCUUAGCAUUAUCUGCCCCUUGCAUCACAAAGGCGAAGCUAUGCUUUAUAAAUAACGUGUACAUUGGGGUAGUUUGAAGUUGAUGAGGUGUGAGCUUUCUGGUCCUGUAUUGCUUUGAUCGCUAAACUUCCAGGCGUUGGUGAAAGAUUGGCUACAUUUCUGGCUAGACAACUGGCGCCAAAUUCAAGCUGAGAGGAGUGCAGGGUUGAAUUUGUACCCGUUAAACCAGAAACAGCAAUAAUACAGCCAAGAGCUGGGAAAUCCAAGCCAACCCAGACUUUUGACGUCUCCGUACGACCUUUACAAUGGACUUGGAUUUCUUCCGCUCAUUAGUUUACAGUAGAAGGGGUUCUGAUAUUGAUGGGGAACAUAGACGGGAUUCUAUGGGAAAUCGAUCGUGACUUUUAUUUACCAUGUUUGUAGUAACGUUUUGUGUUACAUGAUUGCUAGACUAUCCCUCCUUCUCCCCUUCAGCAGGACCCCCCCCCGACCUGAAAUAUAUAGUUUGCAGUGUUGUAGCUUGUUGGGCUCAGGAUAUUGGACAGACAAGGUGGGUGAGGUCAUAUCUUUUAUUGGGCCAGCUAGAAAAACUGAUCUAGUAAAAGCUAUGACCUCACCCACCUUGCCUCUGAAAUAUAUACUGCCACUCUAAAGAGGGCAUUUCAAAGGAUUACCUGGUAGCUUCAUUUAGAUCUGCAUUUUGAAAGGCAAUGAUUGAUGUAAAAAUUCCUGUUAUAACAGAGUUCUGAAUUGUGUUAAGCGGUGAUAAAUGUUCUCAUACAUAGAACCGGAACCUCGCAUGAUAAAGAUACUAAAACCUUGCUCCAUUCACGUCCCUGCCCUAAGGAACUCCCUGCUAAUGGCUGUAAUGAGAUGCGGUUGCUAAUGCUUGGAGAUCUAUGCAAUUUAAAAUAUGUCGUAUGUGCCUUUUGUGUUAGUCCAUCGACGUUUGGAAGGGACAUGAUUGAACCCCAUCGUUCUGCCAUUAUCUGGCGUGUAACUGUCUUUAAAAGCCCUUUUGCUGGUCUUUUGUUUGGUGUGGCUGGAAUUGUCCAUGCCGCCACUCCCCCUCUCCAGGGGAGAAUCAGGAGGGGCCCAGAGCAGGUUUGCAUUUCAAGGGGGCAGAAACAAUCCUGCAGACUCUCUGGAGCCAGGGGCUGCAGACAUUUGCCAGACGUGUGAACUCUACUCCUAACUGACAGCUGUUCUCUCUUUUCUCUUCGUACUUUGAUGUGGAUUCACACUCGCAAACGAGCCCGCGAGGGAGGGCCCCCUAUAAAUAAAUGGAGGCCCCCACCCACCAACUUGCCCUUCCCUCCAGCGGAGCAGCGCUAGCUAAACAGAGGGAACUCCAGGCAGCUCCUGUGAGCCCCGCUCCUUCAGCUCCCACUCGCCAUGGGUGAGGUCGCCUUCUCUGUGGACUUCCCGGCCCCGCCUGAGAGCGAGGAGCAAAGGCCAGCGGGCAGGCCGCACAUCUGCUGCGUUCCUCCUCCGCGGGCCCCCACCUCCUUCAGCAGGAGUCCCCGCCUGGCCAAAGCAAAGCCCAAAGGGGGAGCCGCGGCCGGGGGCCAGCUCCAACCCAGCAGCCUGCGCCGAGAGGAGCUGGAAGACACCAAGCCCCAGGAGCUGCCCAACGGCCGAGCAAGUCCCGCUCCCGAGGGCGGCUGGGUGAGCACGGACGAGUCCUCCGGGUACGAGAGCGAAAGCGCCGCCUCCUGCAUCCCCUCGUCGCCGGGGGAGGGCGAGCCCCAGCAGCGCAGGGCGCGGACCGCCUUCACCCCGGAGCAGGUCGGCAAGCUGGAGAAAACCUUCAAGCGGCAGAAGUACGUGGGGGCAGCGGAGAGGAGGAAGCUGGCGGCCGCUCUUCAGCUGUCCGAGAUUCAGGUCAAAACCUGGUUCCAGAAUCGCAGGAUGAAACUUAAGAGGCAAAUACAAGACCACCAUCAUAGCUUCAUAUCUUCAGAUCCCUUCUAUGGCUAUAAACAAGGGACCCCACCAAAUAUGUUACAGGAUUAUUCCCACUAUCCUAGUCCAAUGCAACAAAGACUUCUACCUUUUACUCCUAAUUGUGCUUUACAGUUCAACUCUUCCUUUCAAAUAUAUGACUCCCAAAACCCAUCAUACGCCCUUAGGGCACAUGAUCUGCCUUUUUUCCAGCAACACUUUCUACCACAAUUCUGUCCAUCCAGUUAUACAGAACAAAAUGGACAACAAACAAUUUAAUCCUCUUCAAACAUUAUAAGCAAAGUGGAAGACAGAGAGUAUAAUAUAAUACACUAUAUAUGAUUCAACUGUACUUAAAAUGUUUGUCUGAUGUAGAAGUGUAUAUUUUUAAUAUAAAGUUUAAAUAUUAAAUUCAUACCUAAAUUAAGUAUAAUUGUAUUUAAUUGAGAUUGAAUGCUGUUAGAGGCACUCUAGUCCUAAUUCUUGGGUUUAUACCCAACCUAUGUAAUUUGAAGGUUACUGAUCUGAAGGAUUCUGAUAGACUAUGUUAUCUUCCAUUAGUGUGUGGAUGCUUAAAAGGAUCUUUUGCUAUAAAUUCCAUAUUGACAAUUAGUCUGUCUCCAGGAGGAGAAUUCCACUGGAACUACUGCUGGCACUGGGGAGAACCCUAAUGUAGAUGUGCUGAAAGCAAAUUGUGUACAGGUUUGACCACACAGCCUUGUCUACACUAGGAUUCCCACCAUGUAGGCAAGGCUGUGAGAUAAAAUUCAUUGUUGUAGAGACACACAACCAACCCCUGGAGUCCUAUACUUUAAAAUAUUAUGCAAACAUUUAACCUAUAGCAAAAACUUAUCAACUGUGAAGAAACCAUCAAUCUGGAGGCAUUGUUAUAGUAAUGUUAAUCUAAUAGUUUUUCCUGUGUAUAUGCAGCACAGAAACCAGAUACAAUUAGGUUUCUGGUUUGCUAAUUGUUAGUUGGGUAGUAACACUCCGCUUAUAGUCAGAAAGCCAGCAACCAGCUUCUGAUGAGAUUAUACACCUAGAACAUCCAGUUAGGAGCAGGAAAGGAUGACAGACAAUUUAUAAACUCUUAGUUCCAAUGUGCCACAUAAUCCUGAGUUGGCAGUUAUGCAAUUUGUGACUUUUGACCAUGUCCACUUUUCCUAUUCUCAUCCAAGUGUUUGCUGGCCUGUUUUUACAGCCAGUGAAAAUUAAAACUUUUACACUAUUUAAAGAGUAGAAUCAUAUAAUGUUCUUGUUUUGUGACCUCAGUACUGCAUAGUGCUUCUAUAAUAGGAUUCUGUGUGAAUUAUGGGGGGUAGGAGGGAGCAAAGUGCUGGUCAUUGAAUUGUUUUGUGAAUAUAAAUUACUGUUUUACACUUCGAUUGCAUCUUCCAGCCAAGAACCUCAAAAUGUUCUACAAAUGAAGAACACAGAAUAGUUGCACUGAUCAAUUGACAACUGAUUUAUAUUGAUUUAACUAAAUUGGUAAUUUACUGAAUUAAACUACAUUGCUAUAAACAACUUCUAAAUAAGUGUGUGUGAGCUCACACAGGCUUUGAGUUUAAAUCAAUUACAAAAUUUACAGUGGAAACAGUGCAACUUUCUGUGUACAGACAAGCUCCUGAGAUGGGGAAAUAUUUGUUACUAUUUUUCCUAUGGGGGAAAAAUGAGAUUUGCUUCCAAUUGACUUCAGUGGAAAUUGCUGGGUACUUAGCACUCUUGAAAAUUAGCCUAUUAGGAACUAAAUUGGGAUUUUGGAGCAUAACCUAUAUUCUUGAAAGUCUUUGCCUUUAAAGUAUGACUAAAAUCCCUCUUUAAAUGAAAUUUAAUGUAAAAAUUUGGCACAAGGACUUGACAGAGCACUAUUGCAUGUUCCAUGUAACUUUUUUAGUGUUUUUUUUUUUUUUUUUUUAAAUGUUCCUGUACUUGUUUCCUCCUGAAAUAACAUUUUGGACUGACUAAUCUUGGUUGUAUGAGGGAAAUUGGAGACAAGAGCCCUCUGCUUCUGUGCAAAGGCAUCAGUAGAGCCACAAUGAGUAUGUCUCUGCCUGUAGCAUGAAGUAGUUUAAUCUCCUCAGGCCUGUAAUAUUUCAGUCUAAUUCUGGCUGUUGGGCUUGGUGUGGAGGUAGCUGGGUUGUGUUUAGUGAGCUGUGAUAGACAGGAGGGCAAUUUGGUGGUCCUUCCUGCCCUUAAACUUGAUGACUACAAUGAGCAAAGGGUGUAACACAACUGGAAAGCCUUGUUAAGAUACAGGCUACAAUAAUUGAAACUGUGUGUUGCUUAGGCAUGUUAGACUCUCCUCCUGCCUCCAUGUUCUACUGCAGCUAGUUAACAUUGCUUUAUGUGUUAGAUCAGGGGUUCUCAAACUGGGGGUUGGGCCCCUUUGGGGUCACAAGGCUAUUACA